AUGCCUGUAGUCAAUUUGCUGGUAGAUAGUUCGGCAGGACAUAAAAUCUUGUCUAUGAUGGAUGGACACUCUGGCUACAACCAAAUAUGCAUAGUAGAUGAAAAUAUUCACAAGACAGCUUUUAGGUGUCCUGGAAAUAUUAGAACCUUCAAAUGGGUUAAGAUGCCAUUUUGGUUGAAGAAUAUUAGAGCAAUAUAUCAAAGGGCAAUGAACACUAUCUUCCAUGAUCUCAUCGGAGGUUACAUUGAUGAUAUUUUUACAAAAUCUCAGUCGAUGGAAGAGCAUCUAGUCCAUCUAACAGCAGCCUUCGAAAAUUUGGUUAAAUAUAUGUUCUCUAGACCUAUAUUAAGAGGAAGAAUUGACAUAUGGAUUCUAGCUUUGUCAGAGUUCCAUUUAGAAUAUGUCCCCCAAAAGGCAAUAAAAGGUCAGAUCAAACCAGAGGUAAUUGACUUUAUCAAGGAGUUAAUCUACAGGUUUGGUAUUCCACAAACCAUAACUGUGGACAGUGGGACUAUGUUUGAUGGAAAGCUAGUAAAAACUUUCAUAGCAGAGUAUAGAAUUAGCCUUGUCGAUUCUAUCCGCUAUUAUGCACAAACAAAUGCUCGAGCAGAGUCAUCUAACAAAUCCUUGAAGAAUGGGAUACAACAGGUUGUGGAAGACAAUCCUAGGGAUUGA